CAACUACCAGGUGUCUAAGUUCAUCCUUGCUACGCUCGUGAUCCUAUGGCUUCCUUGCAAUCCUCUGCGAUGGAGUACACCUUGAAGAACGUAGCCAGCGGCACUCCUGGCGGCAUCCGUUUCGAUAAUAACAUCGGGUUCCCGUACAGCUUGCAGACCAUGAUGGAAUCCAUGGAUUUCGUUUGGAGGCUCUUCCGUCAGGAGGCCCAUGACGAUCGCAAGAGCAUCACAAGAGUGAGCCUGAUCUUGGAGAACAUGAACGACCUGGCUCACACGAGCAACGGCGAGAUCUACCUGAGCGCCUCGUACCUCGAGCGCUUCUCAGGGGUCGCGAAGGCAGAGUUCACAGGGCUCCUGUACUACGCGAUGGCGUGCGUGUGGCAGUGGGAUGGAGCCGGGCAGGCCCCCCGCGGGCUCGUUCAGGGGAUCGCGGAUUUCGUGAGGCUCCGGUCGGGGUACGUGCCGGCCCACUGGGCGGCGCCAGGCCAGGGCAAUAGAUGGGACCAGGGUUACGACGUGACGGCACGUUUUCUUGACUACUGCGAGAGCCUCAGGAAUGGGUUCGUGGCCGAACUGAACAAGAAGAUGAGGACUGGUUAUAGCAAUGGCUACUUUGUUGAGCUCCUAGGCAAGAGCGUUGACCAGCUCUGGAAUGACUACAAGGCUAAGUACGCUACCUAGCUUGAGUCCAUACCUGGUCAAUGGAUGUAUGUGCUUAGUAAAAG